AGAUUGUCUGUUACAUAACUGUUAUGGUUACAUGUUUUUUUAUGUAGAAUACUCUAAAUAUCAAUGAUAUCAGUGUAGCAAUUAUCAAUUUGAUCAAUAUCAAAAAAGGGAAGUUGCUUUAAAUACAGAAAUGAAAGUAGAAUUUAUUUGAAAACUUUGCAAUGGCACAAUCUGCUGUAGAUGGAAAUAGCGAGAAAUUUGCAACACAUGUAAAUUGUGAAUUCUGUGAUACUAAGAAAGAAGUUAAAUGGAAAUGCUUAGACUGUGGGAAAAUUAUAUGUAAUGAAUGUAAAGACAAAAUCCACAAAAAAAUUAGAAGAGGAAAAUACCAUGAAAUAGUAGAGAUAAAAGAGGAUAAACAAGUAAAUUUUCCAGAGACUGAUUUCGUAAAUACAAAGUGUCAAUAUCAUUCUGAACAGUUAUAUUCUCAUUUCUGUAAGACAUGUGAAAAUCUUGUUUGUCUAAGGUGCAUAGUGAGAUGUCACAAGGGACAUGAACUAAUUGAAAUCAAUGAGAUGUAUCAUACUGAAAUUAACAGAUUGAAGAAAGGACAAAGUAUACUGCAAAAUGAUAUAACUAAAGCAGUAACUAAAAUGCACGAAGAAAAACAAAAACAAAUUUCAGAAAACUCAAUUUACUGCAAUUUGAAAGAAGAAAUUGAUACUCAAGAAAAAGCUUUGAUAAAUGCUGUUAAAGAAUAUGCUAACAUCUGUAGAAGUAAACUAGACACGAGCCACAAGGAAAUUUCAAUUAGUAUUGGAGAAAAUAUUGAUGCUUUAUCAAGAAAUAUAAAACAAUUUGAAGGAAAAUACAAUGAACUGGAGGACUGCCUUUAUACAGCUGAUAUUGCUGAUUUCUUUCACAAUGUUUGUGGAAUUGACAGACAAAUGUAUGUAGGAAAAGAAAAAACAAAAUCUACUUUCGACGUUUUAGCAAACUUUAUUCCAGGCGAUAUUUCUUUGUCACAUUUUGGUAAAUUAGAAAGUAAUGAAAACUGGUUUGAUUACCCAACUGUUGAUUUGAAUAUUAAUAAAGAAUACCAGACUGAACUUUGCAGAGUUGGUUAUUUAUUUCCAUGUACCGAUUCACUGUGGAUAGCUGAUAACAAAUAUCAAAUUCUGCAGAAAGUGAAACCAGAAGGUGAUAAAUUGAACAUAUUAUUUCAAUUUAACUUUCCAAUUUAUGGUAUUGCACUCACUGCAUCCAAUAAUCUUCUCCUAGCUACCGGAAAAUCCAGAUUACAACAAAUCUGUUGCAUUACUGGAAAGCUGACCGACUCUAUAUAUGAAGUACAACAAUUUUCUCCGUCUGCUAUCCAUGUUACCAGUGAAGAUAAAGUCAUAAUUGGAGGCAAAAGAAAGAAAACAGGAAGAAAAGCUUUGUUAGUAAUGAACGCUAAUGGGCAAGAAGAGACGGUGUACGAACUAGAUCAAGAAAAUCGACCUUUGUUUACUUAUCCAAGGAAAAUAACUGAUACAAGGAAUGGAAACAUACAUGUAAUAGACUAUAAACCAAGUGGUUUUAAAGGCAGCGUUGUUACACUUGGAAAGGAAGGUAAUAUUAUAAAUAAGUACAAAGGAGAUCCUAAUAUUAGUGUAAUGUCGGGAUUUAAACCGGUUGACAUAGUGACAACACCAAAAGACAAUGUUGUUUUGGCUGAUGUAGAUACGCAUACAAUUCAUUUCUUAAGUAAUUAUGGACAUUUACUUACAUAUUUCCAUACGAAUGAUAUUGGAAUAUUGUAUCCAUAUUCUCUUGAUUUCAACUUAUCUGGACAACAUAAUAUAGGAUGUGGCAGACUUCCAUGCAGUGAAACCAAAGAAGCCAUGAUAUAUAAAGUGACCAUUUCAGGGUGUUGAUGACUAUUCUUUAUCGUAAGAAAAUAAUGUUUUUGAAGUUAGUGUGUCCAUUUCAAAACUCAAAGCAGAUAAAUAUAACGAUGUAAUACAUCCGAGUAGCAUUCUUCACAUUUUGAUGGUAGAUACCAUGCAAACUAUGCAGUAUUUUAAACAAACUGAGCUUUUAUCUGCAGUAUCUUGUGUAUUUUUCUGAUCAAAAUUUAACAAAUAUUGGUAAAACCGAACUCCACGCUAAAUUCAAAAAGGGGUGAGUCCAAAACCUGACAAAAUCAAACGUUAGACUAUAUCAACCAAUGGAACGAAUGGAAAACAACUGUUAAAUUCCGGACGUGGUACAGACAUUUGUACAAAUUGAAGUAAAAUCAGUCUAGUCUGA